CGCAGGAAAUUCUGAGCAGCAGCCGUCGGCGGCGCUCAGGCCAAUAAAACUGCCGUAACGAACCAACAGACGCAGCUCUGCCUCUGUUUUCUCUCCAUAAGCAGCAGCAGCAGCAGCAGCAGCAACGACGAACAGUUGCCCGCCACAGCUGACCUUGUCACCACCAGAGAGCAGAGCAACCGUGCGGCCGUCAGAAGCAGAGGCGGCCAGGGGAACCCAAAGGGGAGCGCGUCGUCGAGGCUGGCCGCCGCGAGGAUCCCGGCGCCCGUGCGCGCGGUCAUGGCGUGGUGGCGGAAGAAGGUGGUGUCCCCGGCGCGCCGCGCGUGGGCCGCCGUCUCCACCCGCGUCCGCGCGCGCAACACAGGGGGCGCCGGCGGCGGCAGCAUACUGAAGCUUCACGAGGACGUGCAGACCUGUGGCUACAGGGACGUGCAGGUGAUGUUCGACAUCCUGACGUCGGAGCUGGAGGCGUCCGCGCAGCGCCCCGCCGCCAAGCACCACCAGCGGAAGCGGCCGCCGUCGCCGUCGUCGCCGUGGCCCAGAUACCCGUCAUCCUCCAUGAUCGCGGCCGCGCAAUAGAGGCCGCGCGCGACGCUGACGGGGCGUGGACAUGGAGUAUAGUAGUCCAAAGCUGCCGCGCUCGUCCUGGGUGAUGAUGGCGCCGCGGUUAGUUAAUAAGCAAGCAGUUCGGUUAAGAACACCGGGUUAUUAGUAGCACGCUGUCUAGUUCGUGGUGGUAGCUAGCUAAUAGAGCUGGCACUGAACGUAAGGUUUGGUGCCAUGAAGGGUGUCGUCGAUCGUCCUCCUGCCGUCUCUCCGGCGAAAAGAGCGAAGAAAUCCAACAGCGUCAAGGACCAAGGUGGUGGUAGUGUCAUAUAAGCUGUCUGGUCUGAAUGUGCCUGUACAUACUACAUAGCACCAUGUGCUGAAUUUUUCGCAAUACUCGGAGAAAUAUAUUGAUGGAACAAGAGAGGUUUGUUUUUUCUCUCUCUC